AUGAGCUCUACAGAAGACCUCGAAUAUCCUCAUAUCCUGAUUCAGUACCAGAAUGGGUUUUUAAUAUCAAAGGUUUUGUUUGCUGCCUGUGAGCUCGGAGUGUUUGAUCUGUUGAGAAACUCGGAAGAUGCCUUGUCUUCAAAGGCCAUAGCUGAACAGCUUGGCAGCAGCGCCCAUGGAAUGGAAAGGCUGCUGGAUGCUUGUGCAGGUUUAAAGCUCCUGCGGGUUGAGGUGAAAAAGGAAGGAGUGUUUUAUGGAAACACAGAAGUAGCCAAUCUUUAUCUCACAAAGUCAAGUCCAAAGUCUCAGUAUCAUAAUUUGAUGUACUACUCAAAAACCAUCUACCUGUGCUGGCACUACUUGACCGAUGCUGUAAGGGAAGGGGAAAACCAGUAUGAAAAAGCAUUUGGCAUUUCAUCAAAAGAUGUCUUUGAAGCUCUUUACAGAUCAGAGGAAGAAAUGAUUAAAUUUAUGUAUGGACUGAAUGCAGUUUGGAGCAUAUGUGGUAGAGAUGUGAUUGCUGCAUUUGAUCUUUCUCCUUUCACUGUGAUUUAUGAUCUUGGAGGGGAUUUUUUUAAAGAUCCCAUUCCAGAAGCCAACCUGUAUAUCUUAGCAAGGGUACUUCAUGACUGGGCAGAUGAGAAAUGUGUACAACUCCUCAUAAAGGUGCAGAAAGCCUGCAAAACUGGUGGUGCUGUUUUACUAGUUGAGACCCUUCUGAAUGAAGACAAAAGUGGGCCAUUGGAAAGCCAACUCUGUUCCCUUAACAUGCUUGUUCAGACUGAAGGGAAAGAACGGACCUCAACAGAGUACAGCAAACUCCUCAUAGCAGCUGGUUUCAAGGCCAUUGAAAUCAAGAAAACUGGAAAGCUGUAUGAUGCCGUUUUAGGAAGAAAAUAACAUGGUCUCUGCCACUUUAUUGUAA